AUAUCUUUUAUAAAGAAAGCUUACGGUUGUAGUUUGGGUUGAUAUUUUUUAUCGUUUGUUGUGUUAUAACGAAGUUUAAUUGUUUUACGUGUCGCGGAGGGAUACAGCAAUUAGCAGCUCGUCAGGAAGUCACGAGAUCGUGCAGGCUGUGGAGGUUGUGUUGAAGUGUGUCACUCCAAUACUUUUGGCGAAAAUUUAACGUCGUCUGAUCCCGUGCACACCGACAUUUCAGUUCGGACUAUUCUAAAGGGUGUGAUUUUGGUUGUGCUGUAAGAGAACUAGAGCUUUGGGAUGGCGGCCAGAGGGGCCCAGAGGCCAAACGGUACCCAGGGGAAGAUUUGUCAGUUCAAACUGGUGCUGUUGGGAGAGUCGGCGGUCGGAAAGUCCAGUCUGGUCCUGCGCUUUGUCAAAGGGCAGUUUCACGAAUACCAAGAAAGCACAAUUGGAGCUGCGUUCCUAACUCAGACGGUAUGUCUGGACGACACAACGGUGAAGUUUGAGAUCUGGGACACAGCAGGCCAGGAGCGGUAUCACAGCCUGGCCCCCAUGUACUACAGAGGCGCGCAGGCCGCCAUCGUUGUCUAUGACAUUACCAACCAAGACACAUUUGAGAGGGCAAAAAAUUGGGUGAAGGAACUGCAGAGACAAGCCAGUCCCAACAUCGUAAUAGCGCUGUCUGGCAACAAGGCCGACCUCGCUAACAAGCGAAUGGUUGAGUACGAGGAGGCCCAAGCAUAUGCAGAGGACAACAGUUUAUUGUUUAUGGAAACUUCUGCAAAAACGGCAAUGAACGUAAAUGACAUCUUCUUGGCAAUAGCCAAGAAACUUCCCAAGAAUGAGCCUGCUGGCGGCGCGGGGAACCAGGCACAGGGGCGGCGGGUAGAUCUCAAGGAAACAGGGAACCAACAGGCUACCAGCACUUGCUGCAAGUGAUGGCACAACCACGAGAACAGCACCACCCAACUCCCCGUAUUUUCUACCCCAAAAUACUCGUUCCCAAACACACCCUCUUGUCCCCUCCCACUCCUUUUUACCCACCCUGCCGGCUCUCUGAGGUUUCUGCGUCUUCAUGUGUCGUUAUCUUCAAUGUCAUCCAUUUCAUCAUAUGUUAGUCCUGCUGCAUGUACAAAUGGUAGCUCAAACUAUGCUUUGUAAAUCAAAACAAAAUAUGGUGUGGGGAAAGGCAGAUUUCUUUUUCUAUUAUAAGCAAGGUGUAUGUAAUAUUAUUCUAGCACCGUUUUGUUUUUUAAGCUUUCCAGUACCAUUGUAGAUACAGAGUCCUUGCAUAAUGACGUAAGUGGCAAUGUACAGGUGUAAUCGCUAGGAGAAACUGACAGAAAUUGAUGCUAUGAAAAAAAGUUGAUAGUGAAAAAUGAAAACGUCUGGGGUUAUGCAUUUGUUAAGGCAAUCAUGGGGUUGUAUCAUUCAUGAAUUAGAAAUGCUUUGAAAGGACAAUUUAACUGUACAACCAAACUUUAAAAAAAUAAUAUAACAUGAUGUUGUCACCAAUUGAAUUAAAUUGCCCUGCAGAAGAAAUUAAACAUUGCCAUGGAAGCUUUUUCAAAGUACGCACUGGUUGGACAUUUUGUACUCUGCCUAGCUCUUCAUUUUUAUUCAAACCUAUUAUAGUUGGUGCCUUUAUGUAGUGACAUGCAUUCCUCUCUGAACCGGCUUGUAUUAUCAACUUCUUCACCCUAUCUAAACACGAACAUUGUAAAUAUGAACAGUGUAUGCUUUUUCAAUGUUGAAGUCUUCUACUCUUAUGCUGGCUUGUAUGCUAUAAUCGCCUCUCAGACAACCGUAGUACACUAGAGUUCACAUUGGAUAAAGGGGGUGGGGGGAGGUACAGUAAUGUCUAGGUCUGUCUUUUCUGCUGAAUAUAUCAUUGGUACUCGUCAAAAGAUUUUUAGUCGUAAAAAAAUUUCUCAUGGAACCAAACAAAGAAGUUACAGGAGUCACACUUUGUUACAGUGGUAACAAGUGUUUUCUCUAGGAAAUAAAGACUAAAAAUAUGUAAUUGCAGAUGAUUUACCCAUCAGUGUAACAGUACAGAAUCAAGGUAUUUCUAUAAGUGUCUAUGUUGGUGUGAAUCCUGCAUUAUCUUAACUGUACAAGUGAGACUUUGGCUACAUUAUUGUAAAGCUUUAAUGAUGACUUCCUUUUCCCCUAAAUACUGACAUAGUCAUGUAUGAAUUUAAUUCUGUUGUACAUUAAAUACACAGACCAAUAUAUGUAGAGAAAGGACACAAAAAUGUGUGAGGGUUAUAUUGUUGAUUAUUUAAAGUCUACCUUCCCAAGAACAACCUGUCAAAUCGUGGUUUGGUGAAGAAUUAUAGUGGUGAAGUCUUUACACAUCACAGAAAGUUUGAAAAGAGUUCCAAGACUGCAACACAAAUGGAAAGAAUUAAGAUUUGCUGUAUGCAAAUGUUACCUUUUUCUAUGCUGUUGUUAUAUGGGUCCCUCCAAUAAUGUACAGGAGCCCAUUGGCUACUUCAUUUAUUUACCAUUCCCUAUUUGUUUGAGGUGUUGCUGAAAAGAUGUAUUUAGAAACUUGUAGUAUAAUUAAACUGUAUAAAUUUUUGGGCUUUUAUUCAAUUUCCUCAUAAUGUAUUCAAGGGUAUUGAAUAAGUCUACUGAGGGUUGGACAUUUUGGAGGAAUUAACAAAGGUAUUAAUAAAGCUUGUACAAGUUAAACUGUAACUGUAGGAGCAAUCAUUGAUAUUUGUGCAAGUCAGUAUUUGUGUUAGGGCCUGGGAGGGAAAUAAAAACCACAUU